UCUGAAGUAGAUGAAGUCAGUUCUUUGUUGAUAGAAAUGAUCAAUAAAUAAUUUAAUAUCUUUAACAUGCCUAGUAGCAUUCUGUCUACCAAAAUAACCACAAAACAUGAAACGCAGUGUAAUACUAACAUGUGAUUAUUCCUGCAGAUAUUAGAGUUCAGUUCAGGCUUCAGUCCACUCAUUCAGACUCUUUACUCUGACUCGGACCCAGUAGUCUCAGUAAAAAACGUGAUAACUGAUAAUCAAUCUGCUUUGGACUGUCAAUAUAUUUUAUAUGUAUAUAAUUAGCAAUGGGAAAAGAGAAGUCAAAAAAACGUCGACGAUCCUCGUCGUCUAGUUCUAGUUCGAGCGGCUCGGAUUCCUCACAAGAGAAAAAGAAACUUCGCAAGUUAAAGAAAAAAUUGAAGAAAGAGCAAAAGAAGACAGAGAAAAUGCUCAAAAAGAAAUUAAAGGAGGAAAAGAGAAAGAUGAAGAAGAAACAGCGGAGCAAGAGCCGGAGCCGCGAAACGUCGACCAGUAAGCAAGAUGCGGCCGCUGAUAUACCUAUAGAGUUAAUGGAGAAGUCCAAGGCGAUGGCACCAAUGACAAAAGAGGAAUGGGAACAGAAGCAAAGUAUUGUGCGCCGGGUGCUGGACGAGGAGUCUGGCCGAUACAGGUUAAUAAAAGGUGAUGGUGAGGUGUUAGAGGAGAUUGUGUCCCGAGACCGCCACCGGCAGAUCAACCGGCAGGCCACACAGGCAGAUGGUGCUUACUUCCAAGCAAACACUGUUGACAGGAAGAUUUAGCCACAUCUUUUCUUUUUUUUCAGUAACUUUGUCCAUCUACAGGAGUGUGUUUUUGUGACAAAUUAUGUUACAACAUAGACAUUAGCCGGGUCCAUACUGAGCGAGCAUACGCGCGAGGCAAUUUCCUCACGCACAAAAUGGCCAGUGUAGACGUGCCUCGCCAGAUUCGGCGCGCUCGGGCGAGGAAAACGCACGCGCCGCCUCGGACGAGGCACGUCUACACUGGCCGGUUUGUACGCGAGGAGAUUGCCUCGCGCGUCUGCUCGCCCUGUGUGGACCUGCCUAUUUAGUUGUGGUAGCUAGAAAAAGAGAAGCAGCAGUUUUGCACCACUAAUUUUAUGGUCAGACAUUAUUUUUAUUAUAGUUAUUUAGUGUACUUGAGUAAAUAAUAAUAAAUAUAUAAUUAUUUAUUAUUAUUAUUUAUUUAUUUAUUUAUAAUAAUAAAAAAAUAUUGAAAUAGAUUGCCAAAGAAAUUUUUUGUAGCCACAGUAAAUUUACUGCCAUCUUUUGACACCUGAUUAAAACUUUUAGAACGCCAUUUGAUUUUGAUCCUUAUUCUUUCACUGAUAUGUGUUCAAUAUCAAAUAUUGGAGCUAUCUUACCGGGCAUCGGCUAAAGUUUGUGGCGCCAUCACUCGAAACGAUGCCGCCAUUUGGCUUUUGAUCUAUUAGAUGGGCGCCACUUUUUGGUGUCUGGCAAAUUUUAACACACGAGUGAAAGAAUAAGGAUCAAAGUCAAAUGGCGUUCAAAGUUUUAAUCAUCUGUCGAAGGAUGGCAGUAAAUUUACCGUAGCUACAAAGUUUUCUUUGACAAUCCACCUGUAUUUCAAAUUCUCUUUGGUAUUUGGUAGUGCAUGUAGAAGCAUAGCAUAGCAGGUAGGUAUUACCCGCACUAUAUGGUCACGCAUAGUUACUUUUUUCUGGACUCCUACAAAAUGUUGUAAAAAUCACAAACAUUCCAUAAGCACUCUUCUAACAUUGAAUUAGGAUCUUGCUGUUCACAGGCUUUUCAAUAAAGUUUUGAAGAAUUUGA